AGCCUAGAGAGGAUUGAGGCAGGGGAAAGCACAUGGUACCCAGUCAGCAGAUCUGGAGACACUUCUCAUCUCUGCCCAUGGGACACUGAAAGAAAGCUGCUCUUACGGAUGAAUGCAAUGUGGAGAAGAGCCUUGCUAGUUUCAGCUGCUGGCUUCAGCGCUCAGUGGAACUGACCCAGACAGAGUUGCUAACUCUCUGUUUUGGCCAAUGUGAGAGCCCCUGGAUGUUCUUAGACCAGAACUCCUUCACUAAACUCCAUCUACUGCUACAAAAACUGAAGAACCUGCUGUCAUUGGCAUGUUGGGGAAAGACACAUGGAAUUCCUCUUCAUCCUACACACAGGCACACAUGUAGAAGGAAUCAUGUUUAUGGCAAUGCCAUGGUCACAUGGGGAUGCUCAAAUCUGGAUCAGCACACACUCAGACAACACAUCCUGCUGGGCAGGCUGGUACAGUGGUGGGGCUUUACUGGACUUCUGCCACAGUACCCAGAUGCCCAUGAGCUGAAGCAGAUUUCUCAGAUGUGGAGUGAGAUGGACCGCAACCACAAGAGAGCUUGUCUGGAGCUGCGGUAAUAGCCUAGUGCACAGACCAUGUUAUUCUUUCUCUUUCCCACUUGCACCUUUGUCUGCUGCCUUCUGUUACAUAACUUUUUUGUCUUCACAAUUGUAACAUAAAGGCCUUCAAAGUUUCUGCAUCAUAAAAACAUAAAAAAAAAAUCUAAUGCUUAUGAAAGACUUAUGAUAUAAUGAUAUUUCUCAUUAGAUGUGAUGCUGAAGAUAAAUAUAGGUGGAGCUCCCUUAUCCAGGGUAUAGUGGCUCAUAUAGAUAAACAGCAUGGGCUGCCAUGGAUUUCUGAAGACUGUGCUUACCAGACUUACCCACCACCUUCUCUACAAGCUCUCCUGAAUCUAAUGCUGCUCCCUCAUGUAGAUAUCACUUCUGUCCAAGCCAUUGUAUCCUGAUUUGAUUCUCUGGUUGGAUGAUAUAACUAUGUUCAGUACUAUUAUGAAAUGUGAACCAUAAAAUAUAUUCUUCAUUUCCAGUUUUCACUUUACAAUUUGUGGAAACUUUAAAUUUCCUGUCCAGCUAAUGUACUUUGUGCUGGAUGUGGCUAGCUUUUUACAUUGUAAAGAUGGCCUUCUGGAGUCUUUCUGCCACACUUUCAGCAUCCCACACAGCUUCUCCCAGCAGAUCCUUGGAUUCUGGCUCCUUGACCAUGGCUUUGUUUCGGAUUCAAUGCAAGUGCUUUUGAGCCCGAAGGCUAGUUCACCAUGGUUGUCAUUCCACCAUCAUGCUGUGUUGAGGACCUUGCUGAGACAAGGAGAGCGACAGGCAGCACUAAAGUACCUUUACUACACAAUGCCAGCCAUCGAGAACAUGCAGGGUGCCAGCCUAUUUGUGGACGUGCUGCUACAGAACAACCGUGUUUCUGAGGCCUGGAUGCUGCUCAGACGGGGCCAACCAGGAAAUGAGCAGCUGCUCAAGCACUUUAUUCAUGGAUGUGAGAAACUCAGUGGAGAAGCACUGGCAACUGUAUGCAAGGUGGACAGUUAUGAUAUGCUACAUCUCCAGGUAACUGAACAACCAGAUGCAAGCAAACAUGAGAGUGUGAAUCAGGAAAAUUAUGGUCAGUUUAUAGAAGAUAAGCCAGAUGUAAAAGGUCAGGCUCCUCAUCCACUCUCUGCAGUGCUGUACCAGUGCCUCAAGAAAGACUCUCUCAGUGCUGGAGAUGUGAUCUCACUUUUUGGAGAAACUGUGACUGCCCUUAAAUCUCCACAGAAAGCUAACAGAGAGGUAGUAGUGUGGCCAAAGUAUCUGGAGGACACAGAGGUGAACAGGAAUAUUUCUCCACUACAUCAUGCCUUUUAUCAUCUAUCCCCCUCCUCUACUCCAGUAGAGCUCCAUGAAGAAUCUCCAAUUAAGUCAGAGCAGGAGCUGUUGAAGGAUGACUUGUGUGAAUUGACACAGGAGGUGUGUGCGUUUCCCUCAUCGGCCUCUUCUGGCUCUACAUCUCCAGACAGCAUGACAUCUAAAUGCUCAUUUACUUCUGCCCCCUCUUCACCACCUGCUGUCAGAAGUGAAGCCUCAUCUAGAUGUGGAAGCAUCCUGCCAUUGCAAAACCCCUUUGCUAUGCCUAGAGAUGAGGACUGUGAGGUGCUGGAUGAUAGUCAGAUGCCCCCUGAGGUUCUGACCCCCUGCUGUGCUGACCUCACUCUGACCCCCUGCUGCCCAGACCUCACUCUGACUGUAGAUGGGGCCACAGAGGCAUUGUCUUUCAAAAGCCUGAGGAGAGGAAGUGCAAUAGAACUGGACAGCUAUGAGUGUGUGGAGGAAAUCUUGACAUGUAAUGAUCCAGCAAACACCUCAGACAUCACCGAGAGUCCAGUGGCAGAAAUUAUGCAGACACAGAAAAGGUCCAAGAGCAAGUUUAACCUCCCUCCUCAGUGCUACAGCAAUGAGGACAACCAAGCAGUGUCUUCCACCGCUGAGGUCCCUGUGGACAGUCACAAUUUCUUAACACCUGAUUAUGAGAAACUCGUCUAUGAUAAAGUGGUCUCAGAGGACAUCAUUAAGGCAGAAAAUUUGAUUGAAGAGUUAAGUGUUUUACCUUCUGAGCAGAGUGUUGUUGAUUGCCAGGACUCUGUAUCCACUGAAACAGCAGAAUCCAACAGCUUUUUGGAACUCAAGCCUUUAAGGAGAGCCUUGUCGCUCCACCUAGACGAGGUGCGCUUGGAGGUCUUCCGGUGCGAUUCCCAGGAUGCAGUGGACCAACCAGAGAUCCUGACCUCUUGUGCCCUUUCUGAAACCAUGCAGGACCUCGUGGAGCAAAUCCACGAGUGGGACAUCUCAGUGAAGAAAGGAGAACAAAGUCAACCUACUUCAUUAGCUUCUCUCCAAAGCUCCAUCCUGGAGAUGGACUUUAACCCAAAGAGGCAUGUCUCCCGGACCCAUCAGCUCCAGAUUCCCCUUGGAACAUCUCUAUCACCUCGCACCAGCCCCACCCUCAGCCCCCAGCUGAGCCUCCCUGAUCAGGCCAAAGACAAAUCCCCCAGUGAAGGCAAGACUGCAGCUGCCAAGGAGGCGGUGUGUUUCCGGACCACGUCAGACCGAGUGGGCCACUGCAAGCUGGGCAGCUGGUGGAAGCAGGCCCUGGAGACCAGGCGAGCUUCCACAGGACUGCUGCCCGCUAUUGAGCAGGUCCCUGCUGUUGCCAAAGGACGGUCUCAGGGAACAGCCAGCUUUUUGGAACCUUCAACUAAACCCAAAGGAUCCAGAAAAGAGGUCAAAGAGGUAGUACAAGAGGAGACCUGCAGAAGAGAAUCAGGUAAAAUGGCAUCUCAUCCAGCAGAGCAGGGAUCAACUUCUCACAGAGGACAAAGAGGCAAGAGGGGAAAACGCUUUAAACAGGCAUGAGAGAAAGCAGGAGCGAGGGAGGCAUCCCAGAUGAGUGUCAGCAUUAAUUGCAUUAAUGACAAUUCGGUUGCCUGAAUCGUGACUUUCGGGUUGAAUCAUAACAUUUACGUCUUGAAUGCCUUUACAUAUAAUUAUAACAGUACCAAUACAAUCAAAAUACAAUCAUCUGUGUAUAGUAAAUAAAUAUAUAUAAAGAUAGUGGAGGACAGCACAUUUAGCUUUGUCAUUUUUAAGAGAAGUGGUCCUUUAAGUGGUGCCUGGGCCUGAUAAAUUUGAUCCAACUUGCAGCAGAUUUUAUUUAUUUAUUUAUUUCUUUUGGGAAAUCUGUCACUGAUGAAUAAGGGAGACUCCACUUAAUUAGGCAGUUAUCACCCAAUAUCAGCUUUGUCUAUAUGUGCUUCUUGAGUCUUUUGUCAGAGAUGAAUUAAAACAUUUUUUAACCAUCAACAAUAUUCUGAAAACCUUUGUCUGGUUUUUGGAAAAAACACAGCACUAAUACUGCAUCCUACAAAUACUAACAUAUUAAAUGAGACAAUCAGUGCUCUUGGCUGUAGGAAGUUCUGUACAGCUCAAUUUAUAGAUUUGUCCAAAGCUUUUCAUACUGUUGAUCACAUUUUAUUGCAUUGUUUGGAGGAGUACUGGGUUGUCUGACCAGGCUUUGGUUUUGUUUAGGAAUUACGUAAAUAGCCACUCCCACUGUGUAUUCUCUGAUAAAGGUUGUUGUUUCGUUGUUGAUAAAACCUUUGGCUGGACUAAAGAGAGACACGUUUUCAAUACACAAUCCACCCUCACUUGUUAUUUAUAUUAUGAGCAAAAUCAUCAGACGGGUCUGAGAACUGCUUAAAUUAAGAUUAUAGUUAUUUUCUUCUGAAGAACAGAGUGUCUCUUCACUGAGGCCUUAUAGACCUAAUGGGUACCCAGUGGGUAUGACCCACAUUCCCAGAUGUGCCUUUUUAGCCUGGUGUUAUAAAAGGCUCUGUGUGUUUAGUUGAGAUGGCGCUAAUCUAUCCCAUUAAAAAUUGAUGAGCUCCCUGAUGCUUCAACAGCAGCUAUGCAGUUCCUAGUUGCUGUAGCCUCCACACAUCUCUGCAGAGACAGUAUACUGUUUUUUCAGGCAUGGCAGUGUGCACAUCAAUCCGGAAUGUUUCUGAGCUUGGGCUUUCCUGAAUUCACUGUGCGUAGUUGUUAGAUCUCUUGAAACCAACAUGUACACUGGCAGUGAGAUCAAUAAAUAGAAAUAUGAACAAA